GAACGUUUCAUGCAUUUUUCAUUCCGUGCAUAAUUUUCACAUGAGUUUAACAGUGCUUGGAAUAAUUCUAAAAAGAAACAACAGAACUUGUAAAAAGUCCGUUUUUGUGUGUAAAUAUAGUGUGACAAUUUGCUUCGUUCAGUCCUGCCAGAAAAGAGGGCCGGUAUGGGCAUGUUUGGUGGGGGUACCUAAAAGUGUUCGGACCGCCCCUGCUGGACCCCGGCGCCCUUCCAUUGGCCCACCGCUGAAGCGGUGUCGUAUGUCCCAUUGGAGCCAUGGAAGCAUCAAGGACUGCAUUCCGGUGGCGUUUUAACGGAUGAAGGCAAGUUAAAAAUGUGUUUUUGUUUUGAUUGUAAAGUUUCACGUGAGUUACUGUGUGCAUAUCAAAGAUUCUCCUUCAGCACUGUUGUCUUUUGAACAAGUUUGGUCGCAAAGUUUGUUUUGUUUUUGUCGGCACCAACGAUGUCCGAAGAAAAAGAUCAUUGCGAACAGCUGACGACAACUGUGGCAAUCGCACAAGACGGUCUGCCUGCGAACCCCAGGGCGGUUUGUAGCGUGUGUAAACGCUUGUACCGGGAGCCGAAAAUCCUGCCGUGCCUGCACACCUUCUGCUUGGACUGUAUCAGCCACUUGGAGCCCUUUUCGGUUCACGCUGGUCGCAACCGGGACGCCCCAGAACGUAAGGGCAGCGACGGGGAAACUCCGAAAGAGAAAGCCGCACCGAUCACCGUCACGGUGCUCUGCCCCGACUGUGACUCGGAGGUGGACCUUCCGCCUUCGGGGCCUGCCGGGUUAACCACGGACCACUUGGCGUUAGACGAAGUCUUUCUCGAGACCCUGGUUCGCAACGGCCCACUUGGGUGUGACCUGUGCGGCGAAGGACGGGCUGAGAGCCGCUGUGAGAUCUGCUGUGUCAACUUGUGUGAGUUCUGUUUUCAAGCUCACAGGCGUCAGACGCGUACAGCGUCUCACUCCAUUCAGCAAUUACAGGAUCUCAAGUCUCAGGGUCGCCUCUGUCGUCCCGUCCUGUGUGCCUUCCAUCCUGGACAGGAGCUGCGCCUCUUCUGCCAACCCUGCGACCUACCAGUAUGCCUGGAAUGCGCCGCAACUCUCCACUCCGAGCACCGCUGCAGUCCCGCCCAUGAGGUAAUUGGCUGCCACGGAGACCACAUCAGGACACUGGUCACUGUCCGCCUGCGACCUCGCCUGCAAAGACUGGAGCAGACACUGCAAAAGGUGGAGGGUUCCCAGGAGGCUUUGCAGACAAGAGUGGAGGCCACAGCCAAUGAGGUGAGGGCAUUUGCUCGAGGCUACGCCAGUGCGGUGGAAGCUCACUGCCUCGCCCUACUGCGUUGCCUAGAGGAGCUUCACAUCCAACGCAAGAAUCAGCUGCAUCUGCAGAGGGCACAGCUGCAACAGGCGCUGUCUGAUGUCCAUGGUGGCGUGGACUUCGCCGACAGGCUGCUGAGCUGUGGCUCGGAUGCAGAGAUUCUCAGCACUAAGGGUGUGACGCUGAGGAGGUUGAGCAGCCUGGCAGAGAGCAGCUGCGAUGACCAGCUGGCUGCACUCGUCCCCGAUGAUGGCAGCGGUAUUCGCUUUGAUCCUCGGGGCCUGGCAGGUGAGGUGAGCGGCUACCCAGUGGUGGGCGUAAUCCACUUUAAGCCUCUGGACCCCAACAAGUGCACUAUAGAUGGACAAGGUCUCCAGCAGGCUAAUGAGGGCCAGCAGGCUCACUUUACCCUGGUUUGCAGAAACUCCAGCGGGGACCAGAUGGCACGUGGCGGGGAUCAUGUCCUGGUCAGCAUUGUCCACAGGGAGAAGAAAAACUGUGUGGUGGAAAGCACAGUGGUGGACAACAAUGACGGCUCUUACAAAGUUUCCUACACGCCGGACGAAGCUGGAACAUACUCUGUGUGGGUUUGUGUCAAAGCUCAACAUGUGAAGGGUUCCCCGUUUAUUUUGAAUGUAACGAAGAAGCUGAGGCUUCACACUGGAGUGUUUCACUGCUGCUCCUUCUGCUCCAGUGGAGGAGCCAAGGAGGCUCGCUGCGGCUGUCCGGGAACUAUGCCCGGAGGAUUUCAAGGGUGUGGUCACAACCACAAGGGUCAUCCCGGAAAGCCGCACUGGUCAUGUUGUGGCAGCACCACGGAGAAGUCAGAGUGUUUACCUGCCAGUGUGAUCAAAGCCGUUUCAGCGGGCAAACACGUACGCACCAUCGAGCUCUGAGGUUGGAUGAUAUGGUCAAUGACGAGCCAGAAACAGGAAAUUUGUCUGCUUGACUGAGUUGCUAGUAAGCCAUCUCCAUGUGAUGUGGAACAUUCUCCGGUUAUUACUUUAGUCCCUUAAUUCUAUUACAACACUGCCUUUGAGCUUGAAAUAAUGCAUCAAACAAUAAAAUCAAUGUGCCAAUUAAAAAAAAAAAAGCGUUACUGUUGCAGACAGUUGUGCAAAAUGUUCAUAUGGUGGCCAAGGGCAUAAAUUUAGUCAAUUCACAGGCAGGGUGAGUCAUCUAUGAGGGGGAAAGCAUUUAUUCGUACAAUUACAUUUUAAUCAUUGUUUCAGACUGGUGUCUGAGAUUUUCUCAUGCUGCUCUUGGCCUUAGUAAUGAAGUCUUUCAUGUGUGAAUGGUAACUUCUGUUAUCUGACUGAGAUAAAUAAACACUUAUGACCUGCCCCCCCCCCCCAUUGGAAAAAGGAAGCAGUCUAUCAGACGGAGGCUUUUUUUUCUUAUGAUUGACAUAAUAGUGAGGAAAUACAUUCAUUAUAAGCUAUCCGUACUGAAAAACAACAACAGCUGUUUUUAGACGUGUAGCAAAGAAGCAGUGACACUCCGACGAAGGUUGAAGUGAGAGUCGAAACUGUCAACUCGGUAAGAGUUUUUCUCUUCACAAAAGAAAAAGAUUAUUGUCUGAGGAAAAAAAAAGAAACCGUAAACCUAUUUCAACGAAAAAGAAGACAAGAUGAACGUCAUGGCCCUAAAAUUCUGUGUUGGGACUACUACUGUACUUUUGUCAUCAUUGAUUUAAAAAUACAGUACAGUAUAUUUUCUAUGAAGUAUUAUCACAAUAUUUCAGGAUUUAUUCCAUGGUUCUUAUAAUUGUCGACACCGUAUGCGUAUAUACAGUAUAAUGCCAUUCUUGCAGUUGACAAGCUCCCUUUCUUUGCCUUAAGAUGACAACAAUUUCCUAUGUUUUUAUGACAAAUGUAUUAGAACGAUGAUAAAUUUUCUCCAAUGAGUGUAGAUGUUGCUAAAUGCUGUUAGUAAGUGCUCUUAUUCCACACUGUACAAUCAUUGAAUAUGCAUGUUUUCAACAGAAAUGAUACAUUCUUGACAUUGUAAUAAACGAUCAAGUGCAUGUCUUAUGUAUGAUGAUGUAUUAUUUUUACUGUUAAUUGUUUGAAAAAAAAGCGUUAGUUUAGCUCAAUUUUAUACCGGUUCGGUGUCCGAGACAUAUUUUGUAUAAAAUGGUGGCAAAUGCCCUUUUAAAAUGAAUUAAGCGUUUGUUUCUUGUUAUACCACCAGGUGGUAGGAGAGAAUUGUUUUUUCCCCUCUCCUACCUGCUGUUCCAAAGCUAAUGCUCAUGUUCCUACUUCCUCCAUUGCUGACAUUUACAGUGACCGCUGUUGAUUCACAAUAAAACUAACUCAUCAUUGCA